CUAUACAUUCAAAGCAUUUGUUCUCAUACGCUUGCUUCCUGGAACAGGAUAGCGGACCGUCGCGGCUUUCACACGCCUUAGGCUAAGGCCGCGGGUCCUGCCCAAUUAUGAUGCUUACAAAGUUCCGGCUCGCCUGGGCGGCGAGCCAUACUGCUGGGCGUACGCAUCGGGUUGUCGCUGCAGUGCGUCCAUUUUGUGGUGUCCGCUUCGUGGCGCCCCGUCUGGUCCGCAGCCGCGCCUUGGCGACGGAGGUGGAGACGAGCUUCAGCUCCCUUCUGGACGAUGAGGAAGACCUCGUGGACGAGGAUGAGGGCGCGGAAACAGAGAAGGAGAUUGACGAGUCUCUUAUGAUCGCCAACCUGGGCCUUUGUGCCGAGACUAUGGACGCGCUGGCCACCCGCGGCGUCUUCAGCCUCUUCCCGGUGCAGGCGCAGGUGUUCCAGCCCAUCGUGGACGGUCGCGAUGUGGUGUGUCGCGCCAAGACGGGUUCCGGCAAGACGCUGGCCUUCGCGCUGCCCGUGAUCGAGAACCUGCUGGAGGAGAACCGUACCACCCGCCCCCGCAAGGGCCGCGCCCCCCGCUGUGUGGUGCUGGCCCCCACCCGCGAGCUCGCCAACCAGGUUGCCCGUGAGUUCGAGUCGGUGUGCCCCAACCUGACAGUGGGCUCCUUCUACGGCGGCGUGUCCAUCGGCCCCCAGAUGCGACAGCUGGAGGGCGGAGUGGAUGUAGUGGUGGGCACUCCGGGGCGCGUGAUCGACCUGCUGGAGCGCAGGGUGCUGAGGCUGGAUGAGGUCCGCUAUGCCAUCCUGGACGAGGCGGAUCAGAUGCUUGACAUGGGUUUCGAGGAGGACAUGGAGCGCAUCCUGGGGGCCAUCCCCGCGGACCGGGACCGGCAGACGCUGCUGUUCUCCGCCACUCUGCCCAAGUGGGUUAAGUCGGUGGCCAAGAGGUACCAGAAGGACCCCCUCACGAUUGACCUGGUGGGCGAGGAGAACACCGGCAAGCUGGCGGAUACCAUCCGGCUGCUGGUGCAGCAGGUCGACGCAGCUCAGAAGAUCUCGGCCCUGCAGGGCCUGAUGGUCCAGUACGGCAACUCUGCAGGCGGCGGCAAGGCCAUCAUCUUUGUCAACACCAAGGCUCGCGCGGACGAGGUCAACAUGGCGGUUAACGAGUUUGCGAGCUGCGAGGCGCUGCACGGCGACAUUGGGCAGGCGCAGCGCGAGAAGGCCCUGGGUUUGUUCCGCGAGGGCAAGUACAGCUGCCUGGUGGCCACUGACGUGGCGGCACGCGGGCUGGACAUCCCCAAUGUGGACCUGGUGGUGCACUUUGACGUGCCGCAGGACAACGAGGCCUUCCUGCACCGCUCCGGCCGCACGGGCCGCGCCGGCAAGACCGGCACUGCGGUGGUGCUGUUCACGGAGCGGGAGGCGCGGGCGCUGGGGCUCAUCCUGAGGGCUACCAAGGUGUCCAAUGCCGAGCUGGUGGGCGCCCCCGACCCGGCCGAUGUGAUGCGCACCGCCUCGCGCUCUGUGCUGGGCAAGCUAGACAAGGUUGACGCCUCCGUGGUUGAUUUCUUCGUGCCGGCUGCCGAGCGGCUGCUGUCCUCCGAGCAGCCCUCUCGCGUGCUGGCCGCCUCCCUGGCCGCGCUGGCGGGCUUCAGGCACGUGCCGCAGCCGCGCAGCCUGCUGACGUAUGAGCCGGGCUUCGUGACGCUGCGGCUGCUGACGGGGAAAGGCGCCACUGUGGACGGUGUCCGGUCCCUGGGCCUCACCCUCCGCCAGCUCUCCGCCGGUGCGCCGGAUGCCGUACGGCGCUCGCCGGUGCUUGCUGACGUGGAGCGGGUGGUGGGGCGCGUGAGGCCGGUGGAGGGGCAGCCGGGCGAGGUGGAGGAGGGCAUGGCGGGGCUGGCGUUUGAUGUGCCCACUGCUACGGCUGAGGCCCUCCUGGCCCACUGUGCCCCUCUGGCCGCCAAGCGCGGGUGGGUCCUUGACAAGCCGCGCUCCAUCGCCCUGGAGGUGGAUGCCCUUAUGAUGGGAGGAGGCCGCGGUGGCGGCGGCGGCGGCGGCCGGUCAGACAGGUACGGCGGUCGCGCGGACUCCCGCUACGGCAGCGGCAGCCGGGGUGGUGACCGGUACGGAGAUCGUGGGGACCGGGGAGCGUACGGCAGCAGGGAUGGUCGCGGCAGCGGUGGCGGCGGGUACGGUCGCGCCGGUGGUGACCGGCAGUACGGCAAUGGCGGCGAUCGGUCGUAUGGCGGAGAUCGGUCGUACGGCGGAGAUCGCGGUCGUGUCGGCGGCGGCGGCGGCGGCGGUCGUGCCGGCGGCGACGCCUCGUACGGACGACGGGCUAGUGGCAGCAGCAGCUUUGCUAGCGGCGCGAGUGCCAGCUUUGACGAUUGGUCGAAGGGAGGCCGCGGCCGUACCGGCGGCGCUGUCGGCGGCAAGGGCGGGCGGGAUGACGUGGCGGGUGGGAAAGCGCGGCGAUUGGAUGGGCCCGCGGCUAAGGAGGAUAGCUGGGGUCAGUGGUAGACAGCGGAAGGGGUGAGGAAGUGAGGAGGAAGAGGUGACGAAGUUGGGUAUGAGAGUCUAAGAAACUAGGAGGUUGCCGUUAAGCCACUCGAGAGGGGAGGAAGGAGCGUGCUUGUGAGGUGCGUUGAAGUGGAGGAAGUGGAGGAAGAAGCCGACACGUGGGGGAGGAGUGUGCUCUAGGGUUGCACUAGGUGUGAGGUGAGGGUUUUUGUAGGGUCUGGAAAUAGAGGUGUGAGCAAGCUAACAGCAUGCAAGAGAGAGGGAGGGGGCUGUGCGUGUGGAUCAACAACUACUUGAAGUGAUAUUGUGUGUGGGCCACUGCUGCAUAUAUCGCGUGUUAUGUGGUUUAGGUUUCUAGCAACCUGCUAUGUGUUCAACUUCUGUUGCGAUUGGUUGUUGGUGCGUGUGGUUCAGUGUUAGGACAGCUAAUCUACGGAGGUAUUGUGGUUUCGUGUGUUUAGGUUGUUACCGCUUACCGUAGAGGUUCCGUGUCCGUGCUUUCCUGACCCCAUGUCGGCCUCGCGGUACGCUCGAGACGUUGAGAGACGAUGAGAGAGAGGUUAGCUGUCUUGUUCCUUAUUCCACAUGCCUGUGUACGACACGUCUAUUUGGGUCGUAUGCGGAACGUUGGAUAACGCAUUUUUGAGCAUGCAUGUCGUCCCCAAAAAGCGAGGAACAUCUGCGCAGAGGAGGGCUUACAGAUUGUGUGACAAUGUGGCACUGGACCCAAUUGUGUUGAACCAACUGGGUCCGUGUGUGUUAUGGUUAUGACUGUGCAGGCGAGAACAAAGCGGUGAGGACAUGGCACCUGCAAGAACGAAGUAGGUGUGUACGACAUCUUAUCAUCCGAAUUUGUGUACGGCGGCCAGAGCUUGCGUGAGCUAUUUCCUAAGCACUUGACGAAAUGACGUACGAGGCGGAGUGCUCCUUCGCUAGGCAAGGCGUGUUAUCGGUGCUGUUACCGGUGCUGUUCUUAUGCUGCUGCUUUGUUUCUGUUUUUGAAUGUACCUGAAAUCGUUACCAGAUGGGGCGUUGACUGAUGGCCGAAAGCCAGUCUGUUGUGCUGUGCGAGAGGCCGCGCGAACCCCGCUGGGCGGAUGUGGUGAAUGAAUGACGACCGCUACAGUGGUGCACACUGGUCCCCAACAAAAACGAGGGCACUUUUGGAUGAGGAGAAGGAGCCUGCUGUGUCUGGAGUUUGACUGAGCCGUUGGGAGAAGACUACUCAGCCGAG